AUGGCAAAAAGAAGAGAUAUUAGAUUGAUAGCUCUCAAGGGUCUAGUUGUUUCACUUUGCUUGGGUGGAUUCCUUUAUCAAACCUUACAAUUUUUAUUACUGUAUUGGACUUAUCCUACUGUAGUAGAUAUUCAGCAGACUGCGCCAUCUUACUUACAGCUUCCUGCUUUCACAUUCUGUAAUCCAAUUGGUUAUAAUUUGCAUGAAAUCUGCUAUGGCUACGGUGAAUCUCCUUGUAUACCAACUGUGUUGCUCAAAACAUUCAAAAAGAAUAUUUGUGAAAAAUAUCCACCAUCAUGUUAUAAUGGCUCUAUACCAAAGAACUUCAAGGUAGUUAAUUACGAAAAAUUCAGGCGAAAAGUAACUAUUACUCCCGAGGAUCACAAAAGACUUUCACUUAAACUAACCGACUAUUUAAACUGUACCAUAGAAUUUGCAGGGACUGUCAAAAAGUGCAACAUGGAAAAUGUGAUGGGCUCUUUCUACAGUAAAGAAGAUCUCCCUCAGUACUGCUUUUCAUUGUAUUCUCUGUGGGGUAAACCGAACAAAAAGAGAGAAGUCAUUCCAAAGGGAGCAACCAUGAAAUUUUCUAUUUUCUUAAAUGCGUCUCGUAAUAACGAUACAGAUAUAAUUGAUCCGCAAUAUUUCUUGCCAACCAAUCCUUCGAUACAAAUGGCUGUUCAUUCACCUUAUUUCUUACCCAGUCCUUAUAUACAAGGCAGCAAUUAUUUAGCAGGACAAGCAUAUGAACUGACUAUUACCAUGAAUGAAAGGCAUCUCUUACCAUUGCCUUAUAAGACAAAUUGUACGGAUUACAUGAAGACGUGGAGAGAACGGGGAGGAAAAGCACCCAUAAAUCAAUUGGGAAUUGUGCAAGAAUGUCGAAUGAAGGAGAUGUAUGCACGCAAAGGAUGUGUUCCUGUCACCGUGGAUUAUCCUCAUUCAUAUAAUAUCUGUCGAUCAUGUAAUCCUUGUGAAGAUAACAUAGCCACAGACAAUUGCACGAUGCUUGCAGACAAUUUCAAUCAACCAUGCGAUUCUGAGACCUAUGCAACCGUUAAAGAAAACAGAAUAAUUUCUCGAUAUGAUUCAUAUAAUAGUAAAUUCUUAACUUCAAAAGUUGGAGCCAUAAUUCGAAUUUUACAAUAUGACUGCGAAGGAGCAAAAUACUGGUCAAAAGAGUGUUCAACAUUGGAAAUUGAUGUAUUGUUUGACAGAUUCGAGAUUACCAACAUUACUUACAAUCCAAAAUAUGAGAGUCUUGAAGUAUUCAGUGUUAUUGGUGGAUACAUGGGAAUGUGGCUUGGUGUUUCUCUCUUGGCUGUUUAUGACUUCAUUGGAACCAUUAUAAUGUUUAUUAAAAGCAAGAUAAAGAAAAGGAAAAGGAAGAAAGUUACUCCAUUCAAAAAAUUGUAUUACUAGUAUUAUAAAACAAUAUGAAAUUAUUUCCGAUUACAACGCGCACCAUUUCGUCAUUUAUUACCAAAAUCUUAAGCCCCGCCUUGUACAUAACACAUCUGAUAAAUUUGAUUAAACAAAUAAAGUAGUAUUAUGUAACUGCUCAUAAUUUAGUAAUAUAAAUAUCGCAUUACGCUAGUUUUCAGGUUGUACAGUAGACAGAUAGCAUGUACCAGAUAAUAAAUAAUAAUAUUUAAUGUAAUAAAAGUUCGUAAUUAAAAUUUAUUAUUUUCAUUACUUUG